CUGGCUAGUUGUCUCGUUUGGUGCAAGAUUGCGAUUAGAGCGAGGGCUUGCGAACCAGUUCCCUUUGCUAGUCGUUGCCUUUUUACGAUCUCUUCACGAGCUGUUCUACUACUGUAUAUACAAGCUGUUUUGAUUAAAAUGUCGAAAGCUGACCUUGAGCAGAGAGCUUUUGCUAAAAUACCAGAGUACAUGUUGGAGCAGAACAGGCCUUACAGUGCCGUUGAUGUGUUCACGAAUCUCAGGCAGGAGUUCGGGAAAACGUUAGUUCUGAAAGUCCUAGAAUCAUCGGUUUCUUCUGGUGUUCUGAAAGACAAAGUGAUAGGAAAGCAGAAAAUCUUUUAUGCGAAUCAAGACAAACUUGAGAAGUACGAUGAAGCUGCUAUCGCUGAGUGUGAUUCAAAAAUAAACUCGCUUUCCGAGAAAGUAAAAAGCUUGGCUGCAAACAACAAGGAGAUUCAAAAUGAGUUGAGGGACCUAAGCAACGUUGAAACAACGUCGGAGCUGCGGACGAUAACCACCGAACUGAAGAAAAAUAUUGAAAAAAUGAAAGCUCGAAUAGCCAAAUUGGAAACCUCGAGGGAUCCAUCAACGGCUGAAGACGGUAAAAGAGCGCUUCAAAUGGAGCAGGCAAUUUCUAAAGCAGUGCAGAAACGGAAACGUCUUGCCACCGACAUGCUCAAUGCUAUAAUGGAGAGUUCGCCACUUCCCAAGCGUGAACUUCUGGUGGCUGCUUCGUUUUUCUUCUAUUGCGAUUUGCCGCUGUUUUCUUCCGAUAGCCACCCACUUGAGUUACAGAUACCUCUUCAGAUGGACACCGAAGGAGGCUUUCACAGCGUUUCUAGUAGUACAUAUAGAGAGCUCUCCGAAGAGGAGAAAGAGAAGUUACAAGAGCAGGAUGUUGUGAGCGCUUUCAAGCAAAGAAAGUUAGAAGCAGAAGCCCAGAAGAAUUGGGACAAGUUUUACCACCGGAAUCGGGAAAACUUUUUCAAAGAUCGAAACUGGAGUAGCCAGGAUUUGCAGGAGAUUUGCCACGACAUGGAUCUCAAGGGGCCCAUCGUCUUUCUAGAGGCUGGUUGUGGUGUUGGGAACAUGCUGUUCCCUCUUAAAACAGCCUUUCCAAAUUUCCAUCUUCAAGCAUUCGAUUUUUCACCACGUGCGGUUCAGAUGUGCUCAGAGAGAGCAAAACAGUUAGGUAUAGAACUAGAGACGUCGAUUGUUGAUCUUUCUAUACCUUCGGACAAGUCUGAUUUCGAAAAGCACGCUGAUAUUGCUACCCUUAUAUUUGUACUUUCGGCCAUCCAUCCUGAUAAGCAUGGAGACGCAGUGAGAAAUAUGCGAAAGUAUGUAAGAACCGGUGGUUCUGUCGUUGUGAGGGAUUACGGCGUAAACGAUUACGCAAUGAUUCGUUUUGGACGUGGUGCAAAGCUGGCCGAUCGGUUCUACGUGAGACAAGAUGGUACUCGAGCGUACUACUUCUAUAUAGAAGAACUGGAGAGAUUGUUUGAAGCGGAUGGUUGGAAAUGCGUUCUUAAGGAGUAUCUGCAUCGGCAAACGAUCAAUCAUCAGAAGCAGCUGAAUGUGCCAAGGAUCUUUGUGCAGGCUCGAUUUGUGAAACUGUAA